AGCGAAGUUGUGAAUCUGAGUUAUCCCAGUAGAUCACCUUCCAGGACGUGACUUCAGAUAUCUGUGUAUAUAUACAGACUCAGUGCACAGUUUGUACUUGGCUGUGGUUGACAACACUCCUCUAGUGCUGCCAAUUCAGUCCUUUUUUUACUGACUUUUGGAGACUGUUUUGUGGAGAAUUGAUCCUAUCUGGGUAGACUAUUUUAAUAUAGUCUUUGGGUGAAACAUCGGACGAAAAUUUGGAUUGAAAGACACGAAUCAUUUUACCUCCGUGAUAAUCUAUUGUUUAACAUAUUUGGUUAUCAUGUAAUUAGCCGCUGUCGGUCUCAGAACACAUUCUGAUGCUUUGUUUCCUGUAUCAGAGUAAAAGCAGUGGAUCACGUUAACAAGAACACCACUACAAAUCAAGUCUGUUGAAACUAAUACAUCGUUUUACACUUCAUCUGUCUGCCACCUUGCUGUGUUGAGCUGUUUGAGAUUGAUCAAAAACGUGUCUUCCGUAAAAGGGACUAGGCCACAACAAUUUCAGAGCUGUUGGGUUGUGAGUAAUAGUGUGCUCGUGGGGAUUUGUCGUCUUCAGUUUUCACAGAAUCACCUUUCUGGAAAGUUCUCUCGGAAACGAUUGUUAAGUUACAGUUGUUUUUGUGCACCUUCAGUAUCCGCGUAGGAGGGAGACGGAAGAAAGCAGAGUUUGUUUCAGGUCAGAAUACGGCUCGGACUCUGUAGAUGUGCCCACCACACAGUUGACUACAGGAGGGGUUUCGGACGACUCUAGUAACCCGCCUUGUCAACGGCUUCGGGACGCAUUACCUUCACCAGGCUUUAACGAGGAACCAAGAGUCGGUAACGGGGGCAGCGAGAUCGGGGCGAGAAGAAAGGAGGCCGUCAAUAGAUUCUCCAGAUGCGCUGCGAUGGUUGAACAGCGACUUAGUCACCUAUGUGUUUCAGAGACAAUGCGCAUCUGACAGUCAAAACAAAUUGAGAGUUGUUGACUUUUGAGCAUCUGCUGACGGACGACGAGUGACGUGUGCGAAGCCAGAGGGGACUAACAUACAAGACACACGCGUCAAAAUGUCGAUCCGAAGAAUUCUGGUGGAGAAAUCCGUGUUGUUCCUUGGCAAGUGGGACUUCAAUAGGAUCAACGACGACAUUGUCCGUCUCAUAGACCUGGACAGUCGCGACAAAAAGGGGAAAAAAGUUCGUCUGCAACUAACGACGGAGGGGCUACAAGUGGCGCGAGGAAUAUUUCAAGACUCACAGUCGAACGAUUUCAUUCCCAUCAGACAUAUACUCAAUAUGAUCGUUGGGACGUACUCUCAACAAAACGUGAUUUGCUUCACCCGUGGACAUACCAAGGCCUACACAGUGCUGGUUUAUAAUUGUGCUAAUGACUACGAUAGCGCAGAAUUCGUGGACAAUUACAGGCGCAUGCGCAGGAGUAUUACUGUCGAAGGUGACAGUUUUGACCUUCGUCCUAUAGAUGACGGAAACUGGACACUUAUUCGGACGAAUAACUCACAGGCAUCGGGCACUCUUUAUGUACAGAAAAACAGGCGCAUCCCGACCGGACAGACAAAAGUUAUCGUUGGUCCGCCAAUUGCCCAUGAGUAUGGAACAUUGAUGUCUGCAAGGCAUGCAGAAUCACAUAAUAAAGUGGUGGUUCAAAACGGAAACAGUACAACUCACAGCGAUUCAGGAAUUGUCACCAACGGAACAGGCACGACGUCAUCUGAAAGACCGAGAACGAAAGCAAAGCGUGCCAAAUCCUUCAAACUAUUUGACAGUCUAAAGGGAGGUUCAAAACGGGAACAAAGUCCUCGAAGGGAAAGGAAAGUAAAACAGGAAAAAUACGAAAAACACGAAAAGCGUGAGAAACAGGAAAAACACGAGAAUUACGACAAAAAACCCAUCAUCGUUGUCACGAAUUAUGAGAAUGAAAUAAACUCUAUGAACGGAGUUGAACCCAUGCCAAUCUCCACGGGACAGAAUUUAUACAGCGCUGAACUUGGUAAGAAUCUACAGGAAAUGAACGAAAAAUUACGAAGUAUAGAGCUCAUGUUGGAGAAAGGCGGAAGCAAGAAUGAGCAGGAGAAUUCCGGCAGUGCGAAUCAUGGAGAACAUUACAGUAGUGAAGAUAAGACGUACGCAUCUCAAGGGCAAUCUUCCCAGGCGGCGUCUGACACGGACGUUAGGCCGUCGCCCCGAGUACGGCUCUCAAGCGCCGAGAGAAACAGUAGCAACAAUGUCAGGAUCCACACACAGAGGAACGGGGAAGUAAAGGUCAUGAAACCGGAGUAUCGCAUUCCUGUAGGCUACGAUGCCCAGCGACCCAUUCGUAUUUCCCACGAGAGACCAGGACAUCAGCAUCAGUCCCAUCGUGUAAGGGCACAUUCCAGUGGCUCUGAUGGCAAAAGGGCUUCUCAUCAUGGCGUGGAAAUACGACUGGGGCCAUCACAAAAUAUGUCUUCCUCUAUGACACUUCCCAGGAGCUCUGGCACGAAACAUGUUCCGCGGGUAACAUUUGACGAAACGGCUACUGAAGGUAAUAGCCGGAAGAACAGCACCCGUAGUGCGGGGUGGUAUGGUAACCACGGCCCACGUGCUGCGGACACCGUCGUUAAGCCAAUCGAAAAAGUUUAUGCAAAUCCAAAUGCGUAUUACGGUCAAGCCAGAACGGUUGUGAUCGGCCCUGGAGUGAGACAAACCCCUGUUAGACAUUCAGUUCAUGACCGAGACUUUAACGUGGACGACCGGAGGACAGGCGUACCAGAGAAUGGGUAUUAA